AUGACCGAUCCCGAUCAACGACCUGAUGGAUUUGUUUGCAAAAAAAGAGUGAGACGACAGAAAAUAUUUCCUCCUUUAUUGGGAAACACUUGUAAAACUGGAUGGAUCUACUACAAUUACACAAAUGCGUGCUAUUAUCUUCAGAAUUUCACUGAUCCAAACCUGCUUAACUCGAAAUUGUUUUCUUGGCGUGAGGCAGAAAUGAACUGUAGAGGAUUUGGAGCACAUCUCACCUCGGUACACUCAACAUAUGAGCGAGAGUUUGUGAAAGAUUUGGCAACAUCCGACCUCAGUGGUCCAUUAGGCCUUAGCGAAUGGGACGACGGUUGUGCUUAUGAUCAUUAUGCUUGGAUAGGGCUUCAUAAAUUCAACAACACCCGGAUCUACACUGACGACACUAUAGACGAUUUUUUCACUUUUGAAAACAAGCCACCGCCGAAUGAGUGGUUCAAAAUAAUCAUCAUGUUU